GCCAAAUAGCGUGAUGAAGAAGUGAAAAGUUUGAGUGAGUACAAAUUCCAAAUCCCACAAUUAAUGCAAUGCUCACUGUCACACAUUCCAUUUCUCUUUCUCUCUCCCGAAAUAAAAAUCGAAGCUUCGUUGAGACCCACUUAAGAUUUUUGUCCACCCAGAAUCUUCUUCUUCCCUUCCUUCAAAAACACCCACAUUUUCUUCUUCUUACAUUCCCAUUUCUCUCUCUCUCUCUCUGGGUUAUUAGCAAAAAUGGCGUCGAGUAUAGGCAUGAUGGACAGUGCCUACUUUGUCGGCAGGAACCAGAUUCUGACCUGGAUCAACAACAGGCUCCACCUCAAUCUCUCACGCAUUGAGGAGGCUGCAUCUGGGGCUGUGCAAUGCCAGAUGAUGGAUAUGACGUUUCCAGGGGUUGUUCCAAUGCACAAGGUGAACUUUGAUGCAAAGACUGAGUAUGAUAUGAUCCAGAAUUACAAAAUUCUGCAGGACGUGUUCAAUAAGCUGAAAAUUGACAAACAUGUUGAAGUUAGCAGGCUUGUUAAAGGCCGACCUUUGGACAACUUGGAGUUCCUCCAGUGGCUGAAACGUUACUGUGAUUCCGUGAAUGGUGGCAUUAUGAAUGAGAACUAUAAUCCCGUGGAGCGAAGGGUAAAGGUUGGAAAGGAUCGAAAUCACAAGUGCUCUGUGAAGAGCUCAAAAUCAUUGCAAACAAAUAUGAUUAAUUCUGGUUCAGGCAACACUCUCAGUCCUAACAGAACCUCUGGGACCAAGCAAUUCAGGUCAAAUGAAGCAGCAGGAGGAGUUAAUUCUUCAGUAGAGAUUCAGGCUUUGUCUAAAGAGAUUACUGAUCUCAAAUCUGCAGUGGAUCUCCUGGAAAAAGAAAGAGAUUUCUACUUUGCAAAAUUACGGGAUAUAGAAAUUCUUUGUCAAACUCCAGAAGUGGAGAAUUUCUCUAUGUCUGUAGCAAUUAAGAAGGUUUUGUAUGCUGAUGAUCCAAAGGAAUCAGCAUUAGAAGAAGCUCAGGAUUACCUUAAUCAACGUUUGAAUGCUGUGGAAGAUGAAGCUGAAAUUGAAGCCUGAUUACUCCCAAAACUAGCUCGCUGGUAUGCGUGAUAAUUUUGUCGGGCUCUUUUUCAACCAAACUCAAUGAUGUCUUUGAUUAAAAGAGCGUUGAUCCUUCCCCAUGCUGUGCCAUAAAGUGCCCCGCAUGAUGAAAGUUAUUGUAUGGUGCAUUGAUUUUCUUGUAAGCAUGGAUGGAUACUCAGAUGAUAUAAUGACUGUUCUUUCCAACAAAUAAGAGUUCAAUGGUUCAUGUAAUAAUCCUUUUCAUCUAUAUCCAAAGGAUUUAUCUAAGGAACAUUGUUUAACUAUUCCUCA